AUGCCUUUUCUUUUUAAACUCCUACAGAUUCUUGGCUUCGCUGCAUUUUCAAACAAGGUAAACAUGGCCACAGAAAACAGCCUGAUGAUCAUUGAGAUGAUACCUUAUAGCUUCCUGUUUCCUGUUACGCCAGAUAUGAGCCAUUUUACUGAAAUUCUUGUAGAAUCGUUCUCCUUAGCUUUAGUGAGCUCCUCUUUGCUCAUAUUUCUGGGCAGGAAGAUUGCCAGUUUCCAUAACUAUAACGUCAAUUCCAACCAGGAUUUAAUAGCCAUUGGCCUUUGCAAUGUCGUCAGUUCAUUUUUCAGAUCUUACGUGUUUACUGGUGCUGUUGCCAGGACCAUUAUCCAGGAUAAAACUGGGGGAAGACAACAGUUUGCAUCUCUGGUAGGCGCAGGCAUCAUGCUGCUCCUGAUGAUGAAGAUGGCACGCUUUUUCUACAAACUGCCAAACGCUGUAGUGGCUGGUAUUAUCCUGAGUAACGUCCUGCCCUACCUUGAAGUUGUUUACACCCUACCCAGUCUGUGGAAGCAGAACCAGUAUGACUGUCUCAUUUGGAUGGUGACAUUCUUGUCUGCAGUUUUACUGGGACUGGACAUUGGACUAGUUGUUGCAAUAGCUUUUGCCUUCUUCAUCAUCACUGUUCAGUCACACAGAACUAAGAUUCUCCUCCUGGGUCAGAUCCCUAACACCAAUAUUUAUAGAAGCUUCCAAGACUAUCGGGAGGUUACAAACAUUCCAGGGGUGAAGAUCUUCCAGUGCUGCAAUGCCAUCACAUUUGUCAACGUUCACUACCUGAAGCGCAAGGUGUUAGAGGAGAUUGAAAUGGUAAAGGUGCCUCUUACAGAAGAAGAAAUUUAUACCCUGUUCAGUCAAAAUGAAGAGGGCGCACAGCGAAGAAGGAUUUGUCGGUGUUACUGCAACUGUGAUGAUCCAGAGCCAUCACCCAGGGUUAUUUACACAGAACGAUAUGAAGUUCAACGGGGCCGAGACUCCUCCUUCAUUAACCUGAUCCGCUGCUCACGUUUCGAGAGCAUGGACACAGCCCAAACUAUGUCUGAAGACCAAGUACCGUACAUAACAUCUUCCACAUCUCAGAGAAACCCAAACUAUGAGGAGGUGGAGAAAGUUUGGCUUUCUGAUGACCCUUCCAGGAGCAUGACAAUCACACUCCCUGAGGCUUCUGAUACUCAGGUCAGAGCUACAAAACUGCCUUACUCGAGUUCAACUAUUCUACCCAGUGUCCAUACCAUCAUCUUGGACUUCUCCCUGGUACAUCUUGUGGACGCACAGGCUUUGGUCGUAUUAAGACAGAUGUUCAGUGCUUUCCAAAACGCCAACAUCUUGGUGCUCAUUGCAGGGUGUCACUCUUUUGUGGUCAGGUCACUUGAGAAGAAUGAUUUCUUUGACACUGGCAUCACUAAGGCCCACCUGUUCCUCACCCUCCACGAUGCUGUGCUAUUUGCUUUGUCAAGGAAGUUGCCAGAGUCCUCCGAGUUAAGUGUGGACGAAUCAGAGACCGUGAUACAGGAAACCUUCUCAGAGACAGACAAGAAAGAAGAAUCAAGACAUAAAGCAAGUAGAAGUCUUACAGAAGCCCCCACAAGUAAAAUUCCAGCCUUCUCCUUACUCCCAGACUCAGAGAUGGAGGAGGAAUCAGACUUGGAUCUGUAUUCCACAAUACAGAUGUCUAAAGACCCUGGGCUGAAUCUGGACCUAGACCUGGAUCGUGAGGUGGAGCCUGAGUCAGAGCUGGAGCCUGAAUCUGAGCUGGAUCAAGAGACAGAGCUCGCGCCUGAGCCAGAGGCCAGUCCCAGGCCGAAUAGGCAAAAGUACUGGUCUCUGUUCAAGGCUAUAAUUCCCAGAUCCCCAACUCAGACUCAGGGUAGGACACAGUCAGUAGAGAGGAGGCAUCAAAAUGUGAAACCAUAUACAUCCAAGGCUGGCACCAGUGAGGAUACUUUGGAGAUGAGCUAGGAGUAAGGCAUCACAUUUCCUUGGCAAAUCCUCCCCACCCAAACAGGGCCACUUGGUCCGUAGAUGCGGGCUAGUUACAGACUAGCAGUACUCGCUUGGCGUCUCCUCCACCUGCUGGCCUCCUUCCUUGCUCAGCACUAGGAUCGCACUCCGAGGUCACAAUGCUAACCAACCAAAACUUAUCUCUGAAUUCCUUAUCCAGGCUUACUUCAUCUUUUUUUUUUUUUUCAGUUUUAAAAAUUAAAACUUUAUUUAAAACA